AUGGUAAAAACACCCAUAACCGAUGCCGCGGCCCUACCCGCCUCGCUCCCCCAAUCCACAGACCCCUCAACCUCACCCUCAUCCUCCGAUGCCGCCGACCAAACACCCACCACCACCCCCGACUCCGAAACCAUCCUCAAGCUCCUCGUCUGCAGCCACGAAUUCCACGCCGACUGCCUUGUCUCUUGGUUCGUCCUCCGCAAGACCAGCUGUCCAAUAUGCCGCUCCAUGUACAUGAGCAAAGAAGCACUAGAUCAGCACGACGAGGAAGAGAGGAUCGCGUUGGGUGGCGACGUGUCGCCUGCGGCGUUGGAAGCGGGGACUGCGAAUCAGACACCGGCGCCGCUGCCUAUGAGUAAUUGGCAAUACUUCCUACAUGGGAGUGGGAUCAGGAGACAGCAGGCCGUUGAGGCGAGGACGAAUGCUCAGGCUCAGGCGCAGGCUCAGCCGGCGGUGGAGUUGCAGGAUCGUACGCCUCAGACGGGGGAGCAGAGUGCGGAUGCGAAUGAUGCUGCGGCUGCGGCUGCGGGUCCGGCGGAUACGGCCGUGCAGCAGCCAGAUCAGCCGUCUAGGUCGAGGUGGCAGAGACUUUUGAGGCGGUAA